GGUGCCCAGAUACCUUUGUGGCGGGGGCCGCGGGGGAAGGGGACGGUGGCCGGGCUGGAGGGCGCGGCGGCUCAUUCCGCGUUUUCUUUCCCGCAUCCCCGCAGCCGCUACUAUGCGGUACAACGAGAAGGAACUGCGGGCCCUGUCCCAGCAGCCGGCCGAGAUGGCGGCCGAGUUGAGCAUGCGAGGACCCAAGAAAGGCAGCGUGGCCAAGCGGCGGCUGGUGAAGCUGGUGGUCAACUUCCUGUUCUACUUCCGCACCGACGAGGCAGAGCCCCUCGGAGCCCUGCUUCUGGAGCGCUGCAGAGUCGCGCAGGAAGAGCCCGGCGGCUUCUCCAUCAGCUUCAUCGAGGACCCAGAAAGGAAGUAUUACUUUGAGUGCUGCACCCAGGAGCAGUGUCAGGAGUGGAUGGAGGCUCUGCGUCGGGCUAGCUACGAGUACAUGCGGAGAAGCCUCAUCUUCUACAGGAAUGAGAUCCAGAAGAUGACAGGCAAGGAUCCCCUGGAGCAGUACGGCAUAUCUGAGGAGGCCAGGUUCCAGCUGAGCAACUUGCCAAGGGACGGGCGGGCAGCUUUCGUCGGUCCCUGGCUGGAUGAACUAGAUUAACUCCCUGCCAGACCCUGCCCUGGGUUCCCUGGCCACACCUGCGCCUGCCAUGGGGGUAUUUGGGCUCAAAGCCUGAGGCUGGGCAGGGGCUGCAUUUGUGUAGAAACCCAGUAAGUACCCCAUCCCUGUGCCUUGAGACCCACCAAAGGGUUCUGGCAUCUGGGUGUCAUGGUCUGCUGCUAUGCCGAGUGCCCGUGCCCAGAGGGCUGGGUGUGUACCCGGUUGGCAAGGCCUUCCAGUCCUGCACCAGCUGAAUGUAUGAAGCUAAAGGGAAGCUGUGAAUGGUAAGGGUCUCCCCCUGCCAGCUGUGAACUCCACUUCUGCUGAUGGGAGAUGGAGUGGUCCUGGCUCUGGGUCACUGCACUCACUGUUUUCAAUAAAGGUACCUCUUUUCCAAA